CUCUGGACGUAAUAAAGGUAGACAACAGCGAUACACGCGCGGCUGCAAAGUGUCGGCGAUCGUUCUUAUGCGUUGCUUGCCCAUCAUUUGUUUGCCACCGUUCAUCACGCACUGACCACCAUCUUGUGUGUACGUACGUCCCACGUGCUGCUUUUAUCGAGGAAGUGGCAACAGAGUCCGUGUCGAUCGUCCAUUGAUCAUCAUCACCCCAUCGUCAUCCUUUUGUAAGGGGUGUGUGCAUUGUCCUUGUGCUGGGUCCUUAAAAGUUAGUGAAACGGAGAAACAAUAGUUAACGUCGCUGUAUUUCAGUGUGCAUCACACCAAGAGGAGUCACCCGACCGAAUUUCGGGAGGAAUAGUUUAUAUUUGUAUGUUAGUUUGUUGUUCACCUCCACAGUCGUGUAUCGUCCAAGACCAUAACGGGUAGUGUUGAGUGAUAAGGAGUUAAACAAAAAGAUACCCGCUUGAGGGGUUUUAAAAAUUUAAGUGGAGUGCACCCUUAAGUAGUUCGCACAACCGCGGUAACGUUGUGUUGGGUGGGACGGCAUCGAUAUUUCUCCUUACUCCAAAAUGUUCAUCGAGGAGGACAGCAACAUGGAGAGCGUCUGGGUGCAGACGGCCAUCGGGGCGAUCAAGAUCAUCACGAUGAUGUACGACAUCAUCACGAUGCCGAUCUACCUAGUCAUCCAGCGGCCGUGGAAGCGGAGGCAGCUGGCACGCCGAGUGAAGGCUAAGGUCAUUCAACAGGAUGCCACCUCGAUCACAUACCGGUCGGUGGAUACGCCGGGUGAAAUGCACGUCAAGAUGAUGCAGAACAACAUCGAUACGCUCGAGCGGAUGUUUAACUUCGUCACGAAGGUGCACACGACCAAGCGGUGCAUCGGUACGCGGAAGAUCCUGGGCGAGGAGGACGAGAUGCAGCCGAACGGGCGGAUGUUCAAGAAGUUCCGCCUGGGCGAGUACAUGUGGCGCAACUUCAUCGAAACGGAGCACGCGGCCGCCUGCUUCGGACGCGGACUGCGCGAGCUCGGCCAGCAGCCAAAGCAGAACAUCGUGAUAUUUGCGGAAACGCGCGCCGAAUGGAUGAUUGCGGCCCAUGGUUGCUUCAAGCAGAACAUGCCGGUGGUAACGAUCUACGCCACGCUCGGCGACGACGGGGUAGCGCACGGAAUCAACGAGACCGAGGUGACGACCGUGAUCACGUCGCACGAGCUGCUGCCGAAGUUCAAAACCAUACUAAACGUCACGCCGAAUGUGAAAAAGAUCAUCUUCAUGGAGGACCAACUGCACCCGACCGAGACGACCGGCUUCAAAGAGGGCGUCGAGAUCAUUCCGUUCAGCAAGGUCAUCGAAUCGGGCAACAAGAGUACAAUCCCUGGAUCUUCUCCGACGGCCGACGAUACCGCCAUCAUUAUGUACACCUCCGGCUCGACCGGUACGCCGAAGGGUGUCCUACUGUCGCACGCCAACUGCAUCGGCACGAUGAAGAACUUCUGUGAUAUCUUUAAGAUCUACCCGGACGACGUGCUUAUCGGUUUCCUGCCCCUGGCGCACGUCUUCGAGCUGCUGGCCGAGAGUGUCUGCCUGCUGACCGGCGUCCCGAUCGGCUACUCGACACCGCUCACACUGAUUGACUCAAGCAGUAAGAUCAUGAAGGGCUGCAAGGGAGAUGCGACCGUGCUCAAACCAACCUGCAUGACGUCAGUGCCGCUCAUCCUCGACCGAAUUUCCAAGGGUAUCAACGACAAGGUGAACGCAGAGGCACCCAUGAAGAAGGCAUUCUUUAAGUUCGCGUACGGUUACAAAUCGAAAUGGUGUGCUCGUGGCUUCCAAACUCCGCUGAUGGACAAAAUCCUGUUCAAGAAGAUCGCCAAACUGCUUGGUGGCCGUAUCCGUAGCGUACUUUCCGGUGGAGCUCCGCUAGCGCCAGAUACUCACGAGCAGAUCAAGCUCUGCCUGUGCGUCGAUGUGAUUCAGGGCUACGGACUGACGGAAACCACGGCCGGAGCGGCAGUAAUGGACAAAUGGGAUAUGGAGUACAGUCGGGUCGGCGCACCGUCGUCCAGCAAUGACAUCCGGCUGAUCAACUGGGAGGAGGGUAACUAUCGCGUCACGAACAAACCGUUCCCGCAGGGUGAGAUCGUUAUCGGUGGCACGACCGUUUCGAAGGGUUACUACAAACUUCCGGGCAAGACGCAGGAGGACUUCUUCGAGGAGGACGGCCAGCGAUGGUUCCGCACCGGUGACGUCGGUGAAAUUCAUCCCGAUGGUGCCCUCAAGAUUAUCGAUCGCAAGAAGGACUUGGUGAAACUGCAGGCAGGCGAAUACGUGUCACUCGGCAAGGUCGAAUCGGAACUGAAAACGUGUCCCGUGGUGGAAAAUAUCUGCGUCUACGGUGACUCGACGAAGCAGUUCACGGUGGCACUGGUUGUGCCGAACCCGAAGCAUCUGGAGGAGAUCGCCGAACGUUUGGAGAUUCGUGGCGUCGAGUUUGAAGCCCUUUGCGAUAAUAAGAAACUAGAAAAGGCCGUCCUACAGGAGCUUGCUGAACAUGGGCGCAAAUGCAAACUGCACCGUACCGAAAUUCCCGCCGCCGUACACCUUUGCAAGGACAUCUGGACGCCCGAUAUGGGCCUGGUGACGGCCGCCUUCAAGCUGAAGCGCAAAGACAUCCAGGAGCGGUACCAGGCUGAGAUCAACAAAAUGUACGCAUCGUAGAUGCUUUAGGCAGUACCACGCAGCAACCCGCGGUGUAGCAAUGAGAGCUAUUUCUUCCCAUCCGUUAAAACAAUCCGGCCGUCGUAGUAGCCCGUUGCAGCAACACUACUUAUGAGAUAAGGUACAUCCAAGAGUUCAAAUGACACCACAACAGCACGACGAGUAGCAACAAGGGAAAGAAAACGUGCAUUGAAACGAGCGUACCUUAGAUUGAUUGCUGUGUUUUUAGCGCCCAGGUCACUUUGGUAUCCAAAUGGCUAGUGGGUACGAUGUGCUGAACUCAUGAGUCAAAACACAAACACCAAAUUGGCACCAGAACGGGUGUGUGUGUGUGUGUGUACCGAAAGAUGAUUGGCGCUGGAAGUUUUUGGUCAAAAUCUGCCGAGGACUAGAAGUGGAAGAGAAAGUGCAUUAGAUGGACCGCGGUGUAACAUCGGGUUAGUGGUUGACGACGGUCAUACGUUUCUUGUGUGCAAGUGUUACCUUUCGUAAAGCCCUAGAACACUAGUCGGGAGGAAUGAGUUGAGUGUUUUGUUUUUCGUUUUUUUUUCGUUUCUAAUUUUUGGCUAGUUAUAAUUAUUUUUCCUUGUAGACAGUUCCUUUGUUGAUACCGAAGGAAAAUAGUGAACAAAAUCGGAAGAAAGAAGGACAACCUUUCUUCUGACCUACUUGGUAUCCUUGCUUGUUGAAAGGAUCAUUCGCACUGCUAGAUGGUUAGGAAAGAGUGUGAUUUUCCUUGGUUUUGUUGUGUGUAGCCGGUUGGAGUGAAAUUCAUUUCACAGCUACGUUGCAAACAAUCAAACUCUUGACCAGAGCGCAAAAGGGAACGCGGCAAAAUUUCCCUGCCACUACCAUCUCGCGGGCAUCGAACGGAUGCGGCAGUGUUUGUACACGCGUCGACAUGUAUAGACUGUACGUAGGGGGUAGAAAAUAGACUAUUAGCAAACCUAAACCCAGUUCCUCGCGAAAUCUGCUUCGUUUGGAACUGUAAUGAGAAAAAAUUAAUCAACUAUAAGAAAAAAAAACAAGUUUAGCAGCAAAUAAACAAUAGUGAAAUUGUUUCCUACCGA